AUGACUCUCUCUUCAAUAAAAUUUAUUAUUACUUUAUUUGCACUUCUCACAAUCUUACCAAAUCUUGUCGCUCCUUUACCGAGUCCCAUCGAUAGCACUUCAACUCCAAUGACAAAGGAUGAUCAUCAACUAUAUAAACGAUGUUUCUUCCCGAGAUUUCUUUCUUUUGGAUGUGCUAUGCCUUGUUUCUUUUCUUGUCAACCAGCAAUGAUGCCUAUGAAUGGUGGCGGUCAAAAUGGUGGUGGCCAAAAUGGUGGCGGCCAAAAUGGUGGUGGCCAAAAUGGUGGUGGCCAAAAUGGUGGUGGUCAAAAUGGUGGUGGUCAAAGUGGUGGUGGGCAAGGUGAUGGUGGCCAAAAUGGUGGUGGCCAAAAUGGUGGUGGCCAAAAUGGUGGUGGUCAAAAUGGUGGUGGCCAAAAUGGUGGUGGUCAAAAUGGUGGUGGUCAAAGUGGUAACGGAGGAAAAUGCCAAAAUGGUAAUGGAAAACGUAGAAAUAAAAAUG